AUGUUCAAUAGUCAUCAGUUGAGACGACAACAACAAAAAUCAACUUUCAUAUUUUCAAAUUUAAUCAAUACAUGGAAAGUUCGUCCUAUGAAUGGUUUUGAAAAGUAUUUAUUUUCAAAUACUCAAACAUCUUUGAAUAAUGCUAUUGUAUCUAUAAAAUCUAUUCAAAAACAUAAUAUUGAUCCAUCUCGAUUUAUCUAUCCACGUGAUGCUAUGGGUAAUAUGCUUAUUCCAUUAGUCAAUCGAAAUACUCAUAUUUCCAUACCAUUUUAUUUACCUAAAUAUGAUCUGAUUAAAAUUCAUUCACCUACAUGGACUAUCAAAAAUAAAUAUCAUUCGAAAGAAAUGAAUCAUUAUGUAGGUCCGAUGACUUAUGAUAGUAUUAAUGAUAAAUCACAAUUGCCGUGUAAAUCUGGUUGGACACAAAUCGGACGACAAAAAUAUAAAAUACAUUCAGAACUAACAGUUCCAUUUUAUGAUACGAGAAAAUAUAAACAAGUUGGUGAUCGGUAUUCUAAACAUGCCAUAAUUCUUGGACGACGAACAGUUCAUACAGAUAUUAAAACUAAAAAACUUUCGAAUAUUAUCAAAAGAAAAUCUCAGGAUAAUAUUAAAUAUACAUAUGAUAUACAAGAUUAUGAAGCAAUUACAAAACGAAAUGAAUUCAUAGAUACAAGUUUAUCUUCAACGAAAAAUAUUUAUCGAAAAUCAAAUAAUUUAAUCACAUCUAAUGAUCAUAUCAACAAAAUAGAAACAAUUGAUUUACCCAUUCUGGAAUCAUCCAUAAAACUAGAACCUACAGUGAUUGCCACUGAGCAAGAAAUAAUCGUAUUAGAAGAUGAAAAAACUUCAGCAAAAAUUCACAAUUAA